AUGACUGUCACAGCGACAACGACUAUGGUGUCCCCCGGCGAAGCGAGCGGGAACAUCAUCGACAUCGGCACGGGCACUGUCCAUAACACCGUCGAAAGCCAGCAGAAGCAGAUGCUACAGCAGAGACUGCUGAGAAAACAGGACGGUAAGCGCUGGCUGCCAACCGCACUUAUAUGGGGAGAUGAAGCCGCUCAUCGUCUUUGGUGGGAGGCCAACACGCUCGAUGAAUUCUAUUCCAUCCGGGACGAAAUCAACCUGCUCAAGCGCUGGGCGCAAGAUAUUGCGCGGCAGGUGCAGGAUUACAGCGUUUUGAUUGACUUAGGCUGUGGGGAUGUCACCAAAGUUUUACCGUUGCUCAAUGAGCUCGAGCGAAACGGGAAAAACGUCCACUACUACGCCCUUGAUAUUUCCAGGAAAGCCCUCGAAAACGUUCUCGCGAAGCUGCCUACCUCGUACCAAGUCGUUAAGUACACAGGGCUGUGGGGAACCUUCGACAACCUCCGGGCCUGGUGCGGUAAUAUCCAAGAGCCCAAGUGGUUCCUUAGCCUAGGGUCCAUCUUCGGCAACGAUGAAUUCCAGAUCGCCACCAACGACCUCAGGAAAUGGGUAUCAGUUAUGCGGCCACAAGACCGCAUGCUACUUGGCCUAGACGCCUGUGAUGAUGAUGAAAAGGUCUGGCGCUCAUACAACGACGUGAAGGACUGUUGGCAUCGAAUGAUCCGCAAUGGCCUUGCACUUUCCAACAAAGUGCUGGGCCAUGAAUGGUACCGACCUGAGGACUGGGAACUCAUUGGUGUGUGUCAGCGUCGAUCGCCUACUUUGACGCAUCAAUGGGUGGCCCGGGCUACCAGGGUGGUUCAUUGUGAACCGUUAGGUCUCUAUCUCGCUCCUGGGGAGGAGGUUGUCACGAAUGAGUGGUAUAAAUAUAGUCCGGAUGGGAUGCAGAAGCAGUUCGAUGCGGUUGGACUUUCCAAUGUUGCGCAGUGGAAGUCGCCUUCAGGACCAGUUUAUGAAUACCUCCUGGCCCUUGCUUAA